AUGUGUCAGAACAGCCAAUUAUUUAGUUUUUUCAAUCCUUCGCCCGAAGAGCUCAGGAGCCUUUCUUGCGAUGAAGAUGACGAGGAUGACAAAGAAUGCAUCUGCGGUCCGGACCCGUGCGGAUUCGACUCCAAGAGCAGUAAGGACUCCAGUCUGGACAGCGACGACGAGGUCGAAGUGGUGAACGUUUCACUCUGGGAAAGCAUACUGCGACAAUCAGAAGAGAAAACUGCACCUUACAGGGAGUGGAUUAAGGAGAGGAAUGCUUCGGAACCAGCAGGCAAGCCGCAGGAUAGUCCUGCUGAUUUUCUCGACCAGAAAAUAUUUCCUCUUCUGCUUCCGGCGAUGAGAACGAUGCUGAUGCAAGCUCAGGAGUGGGACGCUCUUUGUAUUCAAAAAUGUCGAUUCAACGGACUUGACUUUCUCGCUGAAAUUUUGUGGAACAGUAAUCCUCGUCAUCCUAGAAGAUUGCAGAAUUGGUUGGAGGUUUUCAGUAUUCCACCCUUUAGACUCUGGUUAAAGUCAAAUCCAAGGCCGAUUUUCCCGAAAUCUUGGCUGUGGACACAAGAAGAUGGUGCUCUGAUUAUUCAAAAAUGGGUCCGGGGUUGGCUGGUGAGAAAACAGGAAGAUGUGCAAGAAAUGCGUCUAUUUUGGAAGGUACUGCCAGCCAUGGGAAAUUUCGUUUACAAAAACUUGGAAAACCAGAUUUUUCAGCAAUUCUGAGAAAGGAAAAAGAUAAUUAUGAUUUUUUUCCGGUGUUUUCUGUCGG